AGAACCUGUGGAGCAGUCUCGUGUCUUCUGGUUCCCAGGAUCUGAGUGAGUUCAUCAUACCAGCUCAUUACCUUCUCAGACGACAAAAAGCUGUGUUACUUUCCUUGCAAAUGGAGUGAGAGACUACAGUUGCCAGCAGCGGGUUGCAGAAGUUUGAAAAGUCCUGGGCUUUACAAGUGAACCUUAGUUUCCACUCAACAUCUGAAGAAGAUUGUUAAUUCUGGACUACUAAAGCAUCCAGACACGACAUAGGCAUAUUGCUGGAGCCGACUGAAGCACCCAGGACUAAAAUGGGCAUUUAAUAAAUGAGCAAUAUAGAUGCCACACACUUUUUCAAACAGGAGACAGAGUUUUGCUCCUCGCCAUGGGGAAUCAGAGAUUUGUGUGCCUGAGCUGGCUGGUAUUUCUCUCAGUCCUGGAGAAUUCUGUUGCCACGUUGUAUUUGAAAUUGCCUUACAGGAAUUCGAGCUCGUUGCAUGAGACUGACCCAUUUGAUGCUACAGGAUCGGGGCGAGACGAGAGGUUGCAUGUUUUCACUGUGGAUUAUGAAUAUGUCCAAAUACCCUAUGAGGUCACCCUUUGGAUACUCUUGGCUUCCCUUGCAAAAAUAGGAUUCCAUCUCUACCAUAAACUGCCACACUUUAUGCCAGAAAGCUGCCUUCACAUUGCCAUGGGAGUCUUGGUUGGCGGGAUUAUUUUUGCCACUGAUCAUAAAUCCCCCCCAGUCAUGACCACAAGCAUUUACUUCCUGUAUCUGCUCCCGCCCAUUAUCCUGGAGGGAGGCUAUUUUAUGCCUACACGUCCCUUUUUCGAAAACUUUGGGUCCAUUCUUUGGUGGUCUUCCAUGGGGUCUCUCAUCAACACCUUCGGCAUUGGAGUCUCGCUUUAUGGGAUCUGCCAGAUUGCAGCCUUUGGCCUCAAAGACGUCAACCUACUUGACAGCCUGCUGUUUGGCAGCAUAGUCUCGGCUGUGGAUCCUGCGGCUGUCUUGGCUGUGUUUGAGGAGAUGUCUGUGAACGAGCAGCUUUACAUGAUGAUCUUCGGAGAAUCUUUGCUAAACGAUGGGAUCACUGUGGUCUUAUACAACAUCCUCAUUGAUUUUGCCCACAUGCAUAAAUAUGAAGAGAUCGAACCUGUGGACAUCCUGGCUGGAUUUGCUCGCUUUUUUGUCGUGAGUCUCGGCGGGCUGCUCUUCGGCAUCGCCUUUGGGUUUGUGGCAGCCUUCAUGACUCGCUUCACGCAGAACAUUUCUGCGAUCGAACCUCUCCUGGUCUUCAUGUUCAGCUAUCUGUCAUACUUAGCUGCGGAAACACUGUACAUCUCUGGCAUCUUGGCGAUUACAGCAUGCGCAGUGACCAUGAAGAAAUACAUGGAGGCAAACGUUUCCCAGAAUUCCUACACGACGAUAAAAUACUUCAUGAAAAUGCUGAGCAGCGUCAGCGAGACCCUGAUCUUUGUGUUCAUGGGAGUGUCUACAGUCGGGAGGAACCACGAGUGGAACUGGGCUUUUGUUUGCUUCACUCUGGUCUUCUGUGUGGUUUGGCGGGCGCUAAGUGUGCUUUUCUUGUUCUGCAUCAUCAACAAGUUCCGGACUCACAGAUUCACUCUUAAAGAUCAACUCAUUAUCAUCUACAGUGGCUUGCGAGGGGCCAGCAGUUUCUCCCUGGCAUUCUUGCUGUCUGCAGCUCUCUUUCCUAGAAAGAAGAUGUUUAUAACAUCUACUAUUGUGCUUACAUAUUUUACUGUCUUCAUCCAGGGAAUCACCGUUAGACCACUUGUCAAGUACCUGGAUGUUAAGAAGACCAAUAAAAAAGAGUCUGUCAAUGAGGAAAUUCACAUACGACUGAUGGACCAUUUAAAGGCGGGAAUUGAAGAUAUAUGCGGACAAUGGAGUCAUUAUCAACUGAGAGACAAAUUUAAGAAAUUUGACAACAGAGUCCUCAAGAAGAUUUUGCUACACAAGCACCAACCUAAAUCCAGCAUUGUCUCCCUGUACAAGAAACUGGAAAUAAAACAAGUCAUUGAGAUGGUAGAGCGUGGAGAGAUGAAGCCACCUUCUUCCAAAUCGUCUUCUUUGAGGUUUAGAAAUCGAAGGAUGCAGAGACUUUCGCCUGCAGAGGUGGAUUCCAUACAGAACAUACUGGCUCACAAUCUGUAUCAAGUGAGGCAAAGGACGCUGUCAUACAACAGGUACAGCCUUGCCGCAGAUGCAAAUGAGGAGCAAGCCAAAGAAAUCCUCAUUUGUCGCCAGCAGAGCCUGAAGCAAACUGUGAGGAAAGGAUACAGCCUUCCUUGGGGAGGGCAGGCUGCCAGCAGAAGUAUGCGCUACUUAUCUUUACCCUUUGGUAAUGCCCAAGCAACCAGAAGAGAUGUUGAUGAUGAUCUAACAGGGGACUGUAGCAGCGACUCCGAGUCUGUGUUCAUCAGGCUCAAUUCAGAACCUCGGCCAGGGUCACAGCAAAGAAGGUGGCAACAGCAGCAAUCACUUCCGAUGAAGCAGCUGCAUUCAAGAGUCGAGCCAGCAGGUUUUACAGGUCAGAGAAGAAGAACAAAUGAAUGGGUUGAAAGAGCCAGAGUACAAAGGCCACUGUUAGGGCCGAAACCUCAGCUUACUGCAGUGCCUGAAACCGAUAUUAUUCAGGAACUUGUGUCAGAUGAUGACGGGAACAGGGCAUCAAUAUCAUCAGCGUCUUCUAACAAAUGGACAGCAGAACCCAAAGGUGAUUUUUGUGAGCGAAAAAGCCACUUUACUAGAAGAAAAGAGUGAUUUUUCUUCUUAAUGGAGCAUAACUUAAUGGAGCGUGAUUUUUGUUCGGAAUUUGAUUAAAAAACACACCCUCUGAACUCAUCCUGAUUCCAGCUUAACGGAUGGAAGAGGUCGAUGCAUAACAAAAUGUGUGAGACCUGAUUGGCAACGAGGUAUACAUUGCCAGCGCUGAAAUCUGCAGGAAGUUUUGGCUGUUCAUGCGGAAGUCUCAUUAUAAUUUACGUUUCCA